AUGCUCACCGAAGCCGAGUGGGCGGACGCGCUCUUGCCGCUAUGGAAGGAGUACUUUGGCUCGGAGGACGACGUCGACCUCGUCAAGUCUGACUUCCUCGGGCCGCUGCUCCAGUUCCACGCGCUCCUCCGCGACUGCCGGCAGCCCGACGGCUUCCUCGCCCAUGUCAACCUCAUGGAGGCGACGGUCGUGACGAUCCUUGCCAAGCACCUCUUUAGCCUCUUUGGCGACGACGCGCAAGAGUGCUUCACGGUCGGGUACGAGCACUACCUCCGGUCGCUGGGCCUCGCGCUGUGCAUGCUGCGCCACGAAGACGAGAUUGCGGCUUCCGAGUACGACAUGCUUCCGCGCGAUAAGCUCGUGAUGACCAAGGACAAGAUCCACGUGCGCAUCGUGGGCUGGGAGCCCGAGACGGCGAUCGGCGACCUCAAGGCCCACGCCGUCGACACGUUCGUCAGCGUCACGGGCACGGUCAUCCGCGUCAACGCGAUCAAGCCGCUUGUCGUCUGGUGCGAGUUCCUCUGCGAGAAAUGCGAAGGCGUCACGCCCCGGUACUUUCCCGACGGCAACUUUGACCCGCCGCCGAGCUGUGCCAGCUGCAGAAGCAAGGCCGCGCUCGUGCCGCACCGCAGCUCGGCGCGCACGGUCGACUUUCAAAAGAUCAAGCUACAGGAGGUCGACAACUGCGACGCGGCCGCGGGACGCAUUCCGCGCAUGGUCGAAGUCGAGCUCUUGGAAGACCUCGUCGACUCGUGUGUGCCUGGCAGUGUCGUCACAGUCUGUGGCGCGGUCAAGGCCAUGAACUCGGAGCUCCACGGCGGCAAGUACGGCAAGCAAGCCCAGGCCAGCAGCCUCUAUGUGCUCUACCUCGUCGCGAAUUCAGUGACGAGCAUCACGCAGUCCGAGGUCGUCUUCAAUAUGCUUUCACAAAAGCGAGCUUAUCGGCGUCGCGACCUCGAUGGCAUCUACAAGAUCGCUCACAUGGACCGCGUGUUUGACCGGCUCAUUCACUCGUUUUGUCCUGGCAUCUUCCGCAACGAGCUCGUCAAGGCGGGGCUUUUGCUCGCUCUCUUUGGCGGCGCCCAGCGCAAGGAGGAUGCGGGCUUCACCCGCAGCGACUCGCACGUGCUCAUGGUCGGUGACCCGGGUCUCGGGAAGAGCCAGAUGUUGCGGGCCGUCUCGAUGGUGACACCGCGCGGCAUUUACGUCGGCGGCAACACGACGACGACGACGGGGCUCACGGUCACCAUGGUCAAGGACUCGUCCGGUGACUACGCUCUCGAAGCCGGCGCGCUCGUUCUCGCCGACCAGGGAGUGUGUUGCAUUGACGAGUUUGACAAGAUGGGCAUCGACUACCAAGCACUACUGGAGGCCAUGGAGCAGCAGAGCAUUAGCAUUGCCAAGGCGGGCAUCGUAUGCAACUUGAACGCACGGACGUCGGUAAUUGCAGCCGCCAACCCCUCUGGCGGGCACUACAACCGAAGUCGGAGCGUCUCGGAGAACCUCAAAAUGAAGGCGGCGUUGCUCUCGCGUUUCGACCUGAUUUUCGUGCUCCUCGACCGGCCGGACUCGAACCGGGACCACAUGCUCUCGGAACACGUCAUGUACAACCACUUGACGUCCAAGCAGAAGCGUCAGCGCGUCGAAAUGGGUCUUGGGUCGCAGAAGAAAUGGUACUUCAACUCCCUCUUUGGCUACACUUAUGUACGUAUGGAGGGUAGGUCCCAGUCGCGCGCUAGCCAAGGGCCGCCCGCCGACAUUAGGAAUGCAGACGACGGAUCGCUCAAGCAGCGGCUCAUGGCCAACUGGGCCGAGCUCCAAGAAGCACCGAUCUCGAUCUACCUCAUCCGGCGCUACAUCGCCUACGCGCGGAAAUACAUCCACCCGAAAUUGUCGCCGGAAGCCAAGACCUUUUUACAGGAAAAAUAUUUGAAAAUGCGCGCCGACGCCGAGACAUCGGCCGACGGCAUCCCGAUCACGAUGCGGCAGCUCGAGUCGCUCAUCCGGCUCGCGCAGGCGCGCGCCAAGAUCGAACUCAAAGAGGUCGUCGAGGUGCAGCACGCCUACGACGUGGUCGAGAUCAUGCAAGAAUGCUUGCUCGAUACGUACACGACCGAGGACGGUGACUUGGACUUUGGCCGGUCGGGUGGUCUCAGCCUCUCGAAAAAGGUCAAGGCGUAUAUGGCGCGGCUCAAGAAGGCAGCAAUCACGCGCAAUUCGACCAAGUUUAGUAUGGACGAGCUUCUGGAAGUCGCCAACAGCAUGGCGCUGCAGGUCGACGACUUUCGCGACUUUAUCGAUAUCUUGCGCAACGAGUGCUACGUGCUCAAGCAAGGCCCCAACGUCUACAAGGUGCAGCUGUAG